AUGUCACUUUUUCGUGAUGGGACACUCGAACAUGUAUACCCAUCCUUCGUCAAGGCCACGAGCCAUCAAGACCACGUUGGCAUCGCCCUGAGUUUUUCUAUGUGCUGGGAGGCAGCUCCUACUUUCAAGCUUUACUCUUUGGCAGUCUAUGGGUCGGCCUCAUUUAUUACUAUUUAUUACUGCUGCCACAAUGUCUACGAAAGCUACAUGAUGAGGCGGCUGAGCACAGACAUGGCCGACAUUCAAGCCAGCUACCUGGAAAACCCAGAUAAUGGUUUCUGGGUGGCAGAGGUUAAUGGUCAGCCCAAGGUGGUGGGGAUGGUGGCAGUGAUGGGGAAGACAAGGGAAGAAGAAGGUGAGGGGGGUGAUGACUGGAAUGGAGGAACGAUACAAGGAGGCUCAGAGUUUGCCCAUGAAACAGCAGAUAGGAGUUACGGUGAAAUGUCCCACGUGGUCGUUCGGUUUCCAUGGUGCUGCAAAAACCUGGGCUCCCAGUUGACACAAAAGGCCUCGGACUUCUGCAAAGAGCGAGGGUAUGCCCGCCUCGCUCUGGGUGUCAGCUCGCCACAGACAGCAGCCAUUUCAAUGUUCCAAAGAUGUGGCUUUCUUCAAACUGCAUAA